UAAAAUAUAAAUAAAUAUUAAUACUACAUAUAAAAUGUAAAUUGAGUCAUGGAAAGAGUGAUGAAAGAGAUUUAGAAAAAAUGAUAAAUGAGACAGUGGUUGUUGUGGUUUCCUGAUCAUCACACUAUACAACAGAGAGACACUCAGGCAGUGUGACAGUGUGUGUGUGUGUUGUCACUUUGAGGGACUGGUCUGUGUGCAGAAGAAUCAGUAAUGAUGAAGUGUUUCGAUCUUUUGUCUGUUGUGUUUCACGUCGCUGCAGGCAUAUUGGCUCAGAAGGUGAAGGUGGAGCCGGAAGUGGUGUCCUAUCCGGGUCAGACAGUGAUCCUGUGCUGCCAGUUUCCUGACAAAGGCCAGACCCAGCUCAUUCAGGUGUCCUGGAUUUUAGAAAAUAGCUCUGCCACUCGGACCAACAUUGCAGUGUUUCAUCCAACUUUCGGGGUCAGUUACCCAGCAUCCCCAGUGCUGGGGCGUGUGAAUUUCACAAUAGAACCCCCCCCUCUGGAACAUCCAACUAUCCAGAUCACAGACAUUGCUCUGACAGAUGAGGGGAAUUACGUCUGCGAGUACACCACAUACCCGACCGGAAACGAAAAUGGGGUAACCGCCCUCAUCAUACUAGCCAAGCCCCAGAACACGGCUUCCACCAUCACCGUUCCCGCCGGCACUUCUCCCGUCUCCGUAGCGCAAUGUGUGUCGGCCAACGGACGACCACCGGCAACCCUCACCUGGGUGACUAAUCUGAGCGGCAACGGGACAGGACUGGUCCAGACGAGCAACUCGGACAACACGGUGACGGUGCGCAGCGAGUACCUUUUCACGCCCACGGCGGCCGAUAAUGGCAAGGAGAUCACCUGCGUGGUGUCACAUCGCACACUGACCAAAGCUGAGAACUUCCCCAUGAAACUGGUGGUCCAAUAUCCUCCUCAGGUGCAGAUUGUAGGAUAUGAUAAUAACUGGUAUGUAGGCCGUACAGACGUGGUGCUGACCUGCCAAUAUCAGGGGAACCCCAGUCCUCCCACUGUAAACUGGAAGAUGAGCUCAGGCUUUAUGCCAGACUCGGUGGAGAUGGCCCAGAACAAACUAACCGUACGGAAGGUGGACGACUCUGUAAAUACCACGUUUAUCUGCGAGGUGACAAACAGCCUCGGCAUCGGCAAGGACCAGGUCACUGUGUUCGUCAGGGGCAUAUUGGCUCAGAAGGUGAAGGUGGAGCCGGAAGUGGUGUCCUAUCCGGGUCAGACAGUGAUCCUGUGCUGCCAGUUUCCUGACAAAGGCCAGACCCAGCUCAUUCAGGUGUCCUGGAUUUUAGAAAAUAGCUCUGCCACUCGGACCAACAUUGCAGUGUUUCAUCCAACUUUCGGGGUCAAUUACCCAGCAUCCCCAGUGCUGGGGCGUGUGAAUUUCACAAUAGAACCCCCCCCUCUGGAACAUCCAACUAUCCAGAUCACAGACAUUGCUCUGACAGAUGAGGGGAAUUACGUCUGCGAGUACACCACAUACCCGACCGGAAACGAAAAUGGGGUAACUGCCCUCGUCAUACUAGCCAAGCCCCAGAACACGGCUUCCACCAUCACCGUUCCCGCCGGCACUUCUCCCGUCUCCGUAGCGCAAUGUGUGUCGGCCAACGGACGACCACCGGCAACCCUCACCUGGGUGACUAAUCUGAGCGGCAACGGGACAGGACUGGUCCAGACGAGCAACUCGGACAACACGGUGACGGUGCGCAGCGAGUACCUUUUCACGCCCACGGCGGCCGAUAAUGGCAAGGAGAUCACCUGCGUGGUGUCACAUCGCACACUGACCAAAGCUGAGAACUUCCCCAUGAAACUGGUGGUCCAAUAUCCUCCUCAGGUGCAGAUUGUAGGAUAUGAUAAUAACUGGUAUGUAGGCCGUACAGACGUGGUGCUGACCUGCCAAUAUCAGGGGAACCCCAGUCCUCCCACUGUAAACUGGAAGAUGAGCUCAGGCUUUAUACCAGACUCGGUGGAGAUGGCCCAGAACAAACUAACCGUACGGAAGGUGGACGACUCUGUAAAUACCACGUUUAUCUGCGAGGUGAUAAACAGCCUCGGCAUCGGCAAGGACCAGGUCACUGUGUUCGUCAGGGAACGAAAGACCAACAAUCAGAAGCAGCAGAUCGCCAAGAUGGAUAACUGGGGCGUCAGGAUGCCACCAAUGUUAGUGGAGUACUUUGCCACGUUGCGCCAACAGUCGGACAAUUACCAAGCUGCGCUACGAAAGCAGCAGGACGCCAGGAAUUACCUGGGCUUCAACUUACCGCCUAUGUUCAUGCAGGACUAUGCCAUGCCACGCCAACAGGAGGAGGAGUCCAGGUACAAGGGGGAGUUUGUGUUCAGUACAGAGACCCAGCCCGGGACUGACAGGGUGACCUCAGAGCUUGAACCUGAGCCCCACGAGGUGGGCUCACCUGCCGAGCUCCAGCAAAGGGUCAGCGGGGAGGCACUAGCACCAGGCUUUGAUGUCCGAGUCCCAGUCAAGUCUCAAGUCCAUAAGGUCCCAGCCAAGCCUCGCGUCCCUGAGGUCCAAAUCAAGUCUCGCGUCCCUGAGUUCACGUUCAGGCCUACUGACCCAAAUGACCAAAUGCCGCUCACGCCCAGCCAAGCUCCGCUCACGCCACAGUCCGCCGACACGCACCGCCAAGCUCCGCUCACGCCACAGUCCGCCGACACGCACCGCCAAGCUCCGCUCACGCCACAGUCCGCCGACACGCACCGCCAAGCUCCGCUCACGCCACAGUCCGCCGACGCGCACCGCCAAGCUCCGCUCACGCCACAGUCCGCCGACAUGCGUCGCCAAGCUCCGCUCACGCCACAGUCCGCCUUGCAACACAGCCAGCAGAGUAACCUGAGCAUCUGGGGCUUUCCACUGCAGGGGAGGCACACCUUGCUGCGCAGUCCAGAGGUGAAGGCUGGCCCAGAAAUUUUUUUGGGGGGGGCAAUGAGGACAGCAGGGCUCCAGCCUGAGGCCUACGGGGAGGUCUCAGCUGUGGAGCUCUCACCUGAGGUCAACAUGGCGACCUCAGAGGGACAGGCCGAGGAGGCUGUCCCGCUGCCCUGCACAGCCGAGGAGGCUGUCCCGCUGCCCUGCACAGCCGAGGAGGCUGUCCCGCUGCCCUGUUCAGCUGCGGACGUCGCUCAGCCUCCCCGUUCAGCUGCGGACGUCGCUCAGCCUCCCCGUUCAGCUGCGGACGUCGCUCAGCCUCCCCGUUCAGCUGCGGACGUCGCUCAGCCUCCCCGUUCAGCUGCGGACGUCGCUCAGCCCGCCUGCUCCAUGGCAACUAGCGUUCCCCCCUUCUGCUUCGAGGAGACCCACGCUCCUCUCCCUGGCCGCACGGGGGACUUCUCUCGGCCUUCCAGUUCAGCUGGGGACGUCGUGCCGCUUUCAUGCUCUGCCGAGGAAAUAUCUCAGCCUCCCUGUGCCAUUGUAGAAGCCGCCCGGCCUCCUGAUUUUGCGGGGGACAUUUUCUCCAGGGGGCCAGGACCACCAGAUGGAGGACGUAUAAUUUUGGGCGCUCCGGGAGUAGCGCCCUUGGGGGAGGGUUCUGUCACGUAUCAGGAAGCUCUGGACUCCACUUCCCAUCAGCCACUGCACUGCACUACAUGUCACAUGACCACCUGCACCUGAUUCACGUUUUGGUUAAUGAGCGUGUGUGUGUGUGUGUGUGUGUGUGUGUGUGUGUGUGUGUGUGUAGCCAUUGUCUGCACUGAUUCACUGUCUUUCGUUGUCUUAGACUCCCGUUGUUCAUGUCUUGAUGUUUUUCUUGCCACAGUGUGUUUCAAGGUUGUCAUAGUCUAUUUGUUUCUUAGUACGUUUCUUUAAAUAAAUGUCUUUAUCUGCAUCUGCUUCUGGCUCAACCCACGGAAGGUGACCGCUCAGAGGUCAUGAUGAACUCAAAGGGGCAAAAAAAAUUCUCUUUUUUUUUUUUUUUUUUUUUUUUAACUAAAUGGAGCAGUGUAAGUUCUUUUGGCGUGCGGUGUUCGUGUUGCACAAUGAUGAAUAAUUUGCUACAUAUUUCUUUUUAAAUGUUGCCUAUUUCCAUUGAUGAAUAAUUAGCAAGAUUGGAUGGUAAUAUUAAGCCUACCUGCGGUCCCACACAAAAACAAAAAAAGAGCUUGACACUAAAAAUAAACUUUGUUUACACUAAAAUUGAUUGCAUGUUAUUGUUGAUAUAACAUGUUAUUGUUCUGAUAAGGUCUCCUUACAGUGACAUGUUCGUUAGUUUAGUUCAAUUGCAGUCUCUUUUCAACAGUGUGGUUUGAGUGACUUAUUUCUUUUCUCUACUGUGGACUGUUGAAUAGAAUAUAACAGAAUAAAGUGGCAAGAAAAAGUAUGUGAACCUUUUGGAAUUUUAUGGUUUUCUGAAUAAAUUUGACAUAAAAUGUGAUCUCAUCUUCAUCUAAGUCAAAGGUAUUGACAAAUAUUAUGUGUCUAAAACAAUAACACAAAAAAAUUCUGAUCUUUCAUGUCUUUAUUGAACACACUCAUUCAACAUUCAAAAUGGCAGUGGAAAAAGUAAGUGAACCCUUAGAAUUAAUAACUGCUUGACCCCCCCCCUUUUUUUUUGAGGUCAUUAACUCAAGGGUUCACAUAAUUUUUCCACAAGCACUGUGAGGUUUUUUUUGGUUGUUCUCAAUAAUUUUUUUUGUGUUAUUAUUUUAGACACAUUAUAUUUGUCAAUACCCUUGACUUAGAUGAAGAUCAGAUCACAUUUUAUGACAAAUUUAUUUCAGAAAACCAUGAAAUUCCAAAAGGUUCACAUACUUUUUCUUGCCACUGUAUAAUAAAGUAGUGUGUGAAUAUAAGUGUAUAUAUUAUAUAUUGUGUGCUAUGUAUAUGCAAUACAAUGUACACUAAACACAAUUUGCAAUAUUUAAAUAAUACAGUGCAAUACACAAUAUAACAUGCAAGUACAGAAUCAUAAAUUGCAUAUUAAGCCAAUUAAGAGCAAGAAGAGAUAAAACCCCUUAGUGGUUAGCACGUUCACCUCACACUGCCAGGGUUGGGGGUUCGAUUCACUGCCCUGUGUUUGUGGAGUUUGCAUUUGUGCGGAGUUUGUCCGGGUACUCCGGUUUCUUCCCCCAGUCCAAAGACCUGCAUGGUAGGCUGAUUGGCAUGUCCAAAGUGUCCAUAGUGUAUGAAUGGGUGUGUGAAUGUGUAUGUGAUUGUGUGCCCUGCGAUGGAUUGGCACCCUGUCCAGGGUGUACCCCACCUUGUGCCCCAUGCUGCCUGGGAUAGGCUCCAGGUUCCCCGUGACCCUGAAAAGGAUAAGCGGUAUAGAAGAUGGAUGGAUGGAUGGAAGAGAUGCAACCCAUCAAUUAGACAAAGGUCAGAAAAAAUACCCUUGACAUUCUGUCCCCCAGCACAUCUGAAAUGAUGGCUACGCCCCUGUGUGUAUCUACAGCUUAUUUUUCCGCAUGUUUACAUACUGUUUCCAAAAACUAAUCAACUCCAUUUUUAACCAAAUCAAAUUUUGAUUUUGAGGCGUGUAUGAAGUGUAUAAUUUAGUACAUUAGAGAACUGUCACAAUCUCUGUCUUAUUGAAUUAUCUUCAAGAACUCAUAUAAAGUGUGUUAGAAAAGUUAUUUUCCGGUAACUUGUAAUGUUCGUCAUUUCUUCAUUCUCUUUUGGACUGUAAAUAGAUGCGUGUAAAUUUCACACCUUCUUCUGCUGUCCCUCUGUCAGUGACCACCAUCUUCACUUACCUUUAUUUAUAGGAUAAGGUACAUGCCAUAAACAUAUAUGUUAAGAAGUAUGUUUUUAAGCAAGGUGAAGUAUAUUAACUGAAGUAUUAUUUUCCAUUGUAAAAACAUUGUUAGCUAAAAUAAAAUAAUUAAAACAAAUAUUAAAGAUAUUAAAGUCUGCAUGAGGGAGUGACUACACUGCCUAACACUUUUGAGAGUCAGAAGAAAUCUUUAUCUCUUAAAGGUACAUUUUCAUUAAUGACUGUGAGCAUGCUUUGUGUGCAGUGUCAUGUGCCAUAUUACUAACAGUGAUAAAAACAGUCGUUAGUUUUAAUAAGUUUUGUCUUUUCAGUAGGAAGAAAAGAAACUUCAACACACUCGAGGAAAACAGACACAACACCUUCAUCAGAACCGCUUCAGAGUAAAACAACAAACUCUCCA